AUGAUCCAGGGUGGAGACUUUGAAAGAGGUAAUGGAACUGGGUCUGUCAACAUUUACGGAGGUAGCUCUUUUGAAGAUGAGGGUUUCCCAUUUGACCACAAGAAGUAUAGUGUCUCCAUGGCCAAUUCCGGGCCAAACACGAAUGGGUGUCAAUUCUUCGUUUGCACACAAGAUGCACCACACUUAAAUGGAAAGCAUGUCGUAUUUGGUAGGGUCAUUGAGGGGUUCAGUGUUGUUGAUAAGCUCAACCUGACGCGAACCAAGAACGACCUGCCCAUCGAGGACGUGGUCAUUGAGGAGUGUGGAGAGAUGUGA